AUGGCCAUAGAACCCGAGAAAUCGAAAGCCCCGGUUCUUCCGGUACCGGGGAAGCGCAACAUCCUUAUCACCAGCGCUCUUCCUUAUGUGAACAAUGUCCCGCAUCUGGGAAAUCUUAUAGGUUCUGUGCUGUCUGCCGACGUGUUCGCUAGAUACUGCCGAGGCCGUGGUCUUAAUACUUUAUAUGUGUGUGGUACCGAUGAAUAUGGAACUACAUCAGAGGCCAAAGCGCUGCAGGAAAAUAUGACGCCGAAGCAGCUUUGCGACAAAUACUAUGAAAUCCAUGCAGCCGUAUACAAAUGGUUCAACAUCGACUUUGAUAUCUUUGGCCGUACCACUACCGACCUUCAGACGGAGAUCACGCACGAUAUCUUCCUCAAGCUCCAUAAGAACGGCUUCCUGUCCGAAGACAUGACGACACAAUUGUACUGUGAAGAGCAUAAGUCUUUCCUGGCAGAUCGUUUCAUCCAGGGUGAAUGUCCCAAUUGCAAGUAUCUAGAAGCGUACGGUGAUCAAUGUGAUCUGUGCGGUCAACUUCUGGAUCCUCUAGAUCUGAAGAACCCCAAGUGCAAGAUCGACGGUGCCACCCCCGUUCCCAGAGACACGAAGCACACCUUUUUGGACUUGGACAAGCUGCAGCCGGAAAUCGAGACCUUUAUCAAAGAGUCGACGGUCAAGGGUGGGUGGUCAAGCAACGGCAAGGAUAUCACGGCCGCGUGGUUGAAGGAGGGAUUGAAACCACGAAGCAUCACGCGAGAUAUCAAAUGGGGAACCUCGGUCCCUCUCCCUGACUAUGAGGAGAAGGUCAUCUAUUCCUGGUUUGACGCCUGUAUUGGGUAUCCAUCUAUCACUGCCAACUAUACCGAUCAGUGGGAGAAGUGGUGGCGCAAUCCUGACGAUGUCCAGCUGUACCAAUUCAUUGGAAAGGACAAUGUAGCCUACCACUCUGUCAUGUUCCCGGGCUCUCAGAUCGGUACUCGGGACACCUGGACUAAGGUCCACCACCUGUCGACCACUGAAUAUCUCACCUACGAGGGUGGCAAGUUCUCCAAGUCCCGGGGGAUCGGUGUUUUCGGAGACUCUGCGGAGAAGACCGGUGUUCCGGCGGAUGUCUGGCGUUACUACUUGGUUUCGCAUCGACCAGAAACCAGCGACAGCGAGUUCAACUGGGACUUGUUCAUUAGCUGCAACAACAACUUGCUUCUUAAGAACCUUGGUAACUUUGUUAGCCGUGUGCUGAAGUUCGUCAACUCAAAGAACUAUGACAACAUUGUUCCAGACUACACCAAGUUUCAUGACCCAUCCUUCGACACUACAAAGGAGGAAGUCAAUGCCCUUCUCACCGAAUACAUCCAGAGCCUUGAAGCUGUCAAGCUGCGAGGCGGAGUGAGCACGGUGCUGUCGAUUUCUCAGAAGGGCAACCUGUUCCUUCAGUCCAACGGCCUCGAUAAUAAGCUCGCAGAGAACGAGCCGGAGAAGUGUGCCGCUGUGAUUGGAUUUGCCCUCAACCUCAUCCAUCUGCUUGCUGCGCUCCUUGCGCCCUACAUGCCUGCCACUGCCGAGUCCAUAAACGAACAGCUUCGCGCCGAGCCGCUUCUGAUUCCCGACCAAUGGAACGCCGAUUCCAUCAAGCCGGGCCACGAGAUUGGCAAAGCCCAGCUGCUGUUCAGCAACAUCAAGGCGGAUAAGGGCAAGGAGUGGAGAGACAUGUUUGGCGAUAAGGAGGCCAAGAAGGCCAAGGAGGAGGCCGCAGCCAAAAAGGCGGCCAAGAAGCUUGCUAUGCGAGAGAAAUCCAAGAAGGGAGGAGAGGCCAAGCAGGAAGCAAAGGCGUAA